CGCCAGAACCCCAUCCAGCGCCUCGCCCUCGCAGAAUCUGCCACCUGCCACCUUUGCCGCCUCUGCUGCGUCUUGCUGACAUCGAUCACGCAUCUCACUGUUGCCAACGCGAUCUGUGCUCCGAUAACGCAAACAUGGCUCUCGUUAUGGUCACCAACAUCUCGCUGUCCAGCGAUCAUGCGUCCUUCCUGACCCCGUUCCAGUUUGAGAUCACCAUCGAUGUGGUCGAGCCACUUCCUCACGACAUCGACUUUACCCUCUACUAUAUCAGCUCGGCGUAUGCCAAGCAAUACGAUCAAGAGCUGGAGUCGAUUUCGGUUGGCCCUGUUCCUAUGGGAACCAGCAAGUUCGUCUUGACGGCGCCGCCGCCCAAUCCGGGUUUGAUCCCGAACGAAGAAGUCCUCGAUGUUGCCGUGCUGCUCCUGGCGUGCGCCUACCAGGGCCAGGAGUUUGCUUCGAUCGGCUACUACAUCAGCAACGGCUAUGACGAUGAGCAACUUGCGCUCAACCCACCUGCCGUCCCCGAAUAUACCCGAAUCCAGAGACGGAUCCUGGUCGACAAGCCAAAGGUCACCCGGCGCCAGAUCCAAUGGCACCCGACCGAAGCCGACUCACAGAUGCAGCAGUUUGAGCUGGAAGAUGCCCGUGUCAAUCAAGGCGUGGACUUGAUGCCCGAGGCCAACUUUGGCGGCUUUGUUGGUCACGCCAACGCCGCCGGGCUUGGGGGCGGACUCGAAGACGAGCGUUCUUGCGAUGACGAGGACGACGACGAAGACGCGAACGAGAUUGAACAGGACGAAGAGGAUCUUGACGAUGAGAGUGACGAGGACGACGAGGACGAAGAGGAGGAAGGAGAUGAGGGAGCGCCAGGCGACAGCUUUGAUGCCGAGGUUGAUAUGAUGGAGGAGUGAGGCGAAUGAGGCCGAUCGAAUCUUGAUCGACAAGGGAGGGCAGGGACGGUGGCGCAUGCUGCGACCGCUGGGGAUCGAGGAAACUCCGAGACAUUCGCCGAUCAGGCCGAAUCAUUGACAGCUUCGUGCAUGUUCAGGGACGGUCAGUCAAUAUAACCGGACGGAGGAAAUUUUAUUCGAAU